CAAUGAUGCGCACAGUAUGCUGUGUAAACAGGCAGGGGUGAUGUAUGGUCUUACACCGCUGUUGUCGUGAGGAUAAUGCGGCGUAUUUGCAGCUUUUUUGCCCACUUGUAUGGCCUUGCUGUUCCUGCAUCAUCCCCUUGAGGAUUUGCGAGGCUGACUGGUGGCCAUCGGGGUGAAGUCGCAGCAGCUUUUAAAAUGCGUGGCCAUUCACACCAGCCAGAAGACGUGGAGCUUGGUUCUUGGUGGCGUUAGCACAAUCGCAGGCUAACCGAGCUAGCCCGUGUUAGCCAUCCCGACUGUUCCCUGUUCAUUAGCUGGCUUAGGUAGCCACACAUCUGUAGUUAUUUCCUUAGCCGCUCUCCGUCCUGUAUGGAUGUCAAGUAACACAUCAGCAACAUAUGUAACGCUUUGCCAUCACGUUACAUCCCUCUUCUCUGCUAUCGGGCUCUACCAGGCUUCCUGAUGAACUUGGUGCGUGUGUUGUGUCGCCACAAGAUGGCGCUGCUGGUGGGGGCGGGGUGUGUGUUCGCCGUGGUGCUUCUCUUCCUGGCCAAGUGCACCAAUGAGACGCUGCGGCAGACAGGCCACGCCCACCCGGGGCAGCAGCCGCAUGCACAGCCACACGACCUCGCAGACAGUGAGGGUGACCCCCCGGCCGCCCCGCGCGUUUCCAAGGAGAUGUCCACCUUCCUAGUGGUGCUCAUCACGACCGGCCCCAAGUACACAGAGAGGCGGAGCAUCAUACGCAGCACCUGGCUAGCAGACGCACGCACAGACCCCGAGGUGAUGGCGCUGUUCGUGGUGGGCACGGCGGGGUUGGCGCAGGAGGAAGUGGCGACUCUGGGGACGGAACAGAAGCGUCAUCACGACCUGCUGCUGCUACCCGACCUGCACGACUCAUACGACAACCUGACGGCCAAACUCAUACACAUGUACACCUGGCUGGACCGACACGUCAAGUUCAGGUAUGUCCUGAAGGCGGACGACGACACCUUUGCGCGUCUGGACCUGUUGAAAGAGGAGUUGAAGGCUCGUUCUUCUGGCCCGGGGGCCGACCCGGCGGUAGCGGACUCCUGGCGCCCGAGCGCGGGGGGAGGCGGCUCUGGAUCCGGGUCCGAACGGCUCUACUGGGGGUUCUUCUCCGGCCGCGGACGGGUCAAGGCUGCUGGUAAGUGGAGGGAGUCUAGGUGGGAGCUGUGUGAUUACUACCUGCCGUACGCGCUGGGCGGCGGCUACGUCCUGUCAGCUGAUCUAGUGACGUUCGUCCACAUCAACGCCGCGUACCUCAAGACCUGGCAGAGCGAAGACGUGUCCCUAGGGGCGUGGCUAGCACCUGUGGACGUCAAGAGGGUGCAUGACCCGCGGUUCGAUACGGAGUACAAGUCUCGCGGCUGCAGCAACCGCUACCUGGUGACCCACAAGCAGAGUCUGGAGGACAUGCUGGAGAAGCACCAGACGCUGCAGCGGGACGGACGCCUCUGCAAGGAGGAGGUCAAGCUCCGCCUCUCCUACGUCUACGACUGGAGCGUCCCGCCCUCGCAGUGCUGCCAGCGCAAAGACGGCAUCCCAUGAUGCUCUGGGGCAGCAGGACAGGACAGGACAGGACAGGACAGGACAGGACCGGACGCCCUCCUUCACAUCCCAUGAUCCUCUGGGGCAGCAGGACAGGACAGGACAGGACCGGACCGAACGCCCUCCUUCACAUCCCAUGAUGCUCUGGGCCAGCAGGACAGGACAGGACGCCCUCCUUCACCUCCUCCUCAUCACCCUGACAGGACGGGAGACCAGACAACUGCUCUCUCUUGUGCUGUACGACUGGAGCAUAUCGCCAUGGCAACGCUGCCGAGGCAGGGGCGCCGUCCCAUGAACACCCGUCACAUCUCCUCAGCAACGGCUCUACCAACUUGGGGGUCCCUAGGCAAAGUAAGAGACACAGGGCCCUCUUGGGGGUCCCUAGGCAAAGUAAGAGACACAGGGCCCUCUUGAAUGACUUGGGGGUCCCUAGGCAAAGUAAGAGACACAGGGCCCUCUUGAAUGACUUUCUGCUGCCAUUGUCCAUUUCCGGGGCUGACUUUUUGGUCUGGGGGCCCCUCAAGAGUGUAGAUUUGGUGGGGGCCCUAGGCCAUUGCCUCAUAUCCCUAAUGGUAGAGCCGGCCCUGCGUCUCCUAAUCAAGACGUUACGUCAUGAACUACAAAGUCGCAAAGACAGCAUUCUGUGAACUUUGAACUCUUUUUUUUGGGGGGGGGGGGUCAUUUUUCAGAUAGGACGGUGGAGGAGAGACAGGAAGUGAGAUGGGAGAGAGAUGGAGAAGAAGGAGGAAAUGACCCGGCCGGGAAUAGAACCCGGGUCGGCCGCGUAGCACUCCAGUGAGCAGUACAGUUCACGUUGCAGCCGUUAGAGCAGGCGUGGGCAAACUCAGGCCCGGGGGCCACAUGCGGCCCGCUCAGCCAUUUCAUGCGGCCCUCAGAGCCUUUUCAGGAAAAAAAAAUGCAGAUUCAUAUGGCCACUCAUUCUUAAAUUGGCCACCUAAAACAAGGGUCUUGAAAACCUAAGAUUACUAAAGUCUACAUCUAGAAACAAUUAGCAGAAAUGGCAUAACUGACAAUAGUGUAAUUAUGUUGGCGUGCACCAUUUCUUAUUAUUGGCACGGGCAAGUUGCCUAAGACAUCCGUCCCUUUGGUCAACUUUCUAAACCCAAUGCGGCCCUUGGGCCAAAUGAUUGCCCACCCCUGCGUAGAGCCAUGGCUGGGCCGUGAACUUUGAACUCUAACCUUUCACCCGUCUCACAUGUCUUAUGUGACCCCCUGACCUUUUAAAAGAAGACGUUUCAGAGCAACAGGUCAAGCCUUCACAUUGCACACACUUAUC